AUGGCCGACGCCUUCUUCCUCAAGAAGAAGACCAGGCGCGCCUUUGGCAACAGGAUCAGCGGGGCCUCGCAGGCGGUGUCGGCGUCAUCCACGCCUCCCCCACCGAGACCCACGCGUCCAGUCCGCCCUCCGCCGCCUGGUGCGGCUGGUCCGGGCCCAUCAACGGCCACCGCUGCCGCCGUCAAGGCCGAGUCGACGCCGCCUGCGAGCACCGACCACCUUGUCGAGAUCCAGAUUGUGUCGGCGGACCCAGACUCGGGACUGCGGUUCAACCUGAUGAAGAUGAACUCUACGCGCGAUGUCGACCCGUCUCACAUCCCAUCACCCAUCCUGCUCAACCGCAAGCAGCCUGGUCCCAAGCAGCCUCCUCAGUUCCAGUUUGACGAGUCGGGAAACAUUGUCGGCCGCUUUGUGUAUGACGAAGAGGGCAAGCCCGUGCUCGAUGACGAGGGCAACCCCAAGGUCGAGAAGCGCAGUGAGAUGGACAUGUCGCUUGUCGGCAUGGCUCCCGGCCAGGCCAGCAAGCGCCGCGGCAAGCGUAGUACCAAAGAGGUCUUCCACCAGGACCUCGAGGUCAUCAAGCUCCGCCGCGAAGAGGCCAACCCGUGGGUCCUCGAGGCCAAGAACCCGUCCGAGAACGCGACCGUGUUGCCCGAGCACUGGGUCGGGCGGAUGAUGGAGCCCAGCUCGCUCCCGACUAUUCUCCUCAUCAAUGAGGGUGAAGGCGCGAGUUUCACAAUGGUCCCCCUUGGCAGGACGUACCGCUUCAACCCCGAGCGUCCGUUCAAGGUCAUGGACGCGGACCAGGCGAACAAAUACUACGAGCUGCAGACCAAGUACAAGAUCCACGACCGCUGGGGCCAGCGCCAGGAGAGCUCGGGUCCUGGUUUCGUCAAGCCUGAGCCGUCAUCGCACGUCGAAGACCGCGCCCAGCGCAUGGAGUGGAACAUUAUGCACAACAAGGGCGAGGUCAGCCGGCCAACGGCCAAGCGCGAGGCGUUCGAGGACGACUAUGUCCGCGAGGGCCGUAACAUUGGCCGUGGUCUCGAGGGCGGUGUCGACGAGGAGCUCGACUAUGAUGCAAACGAGGACUUUCAAGAUGACGAGGAUAGCAACACGUUCUACUUUAACAAGGAGGAAGAUGAAGAGAAGAAGCUGCUCGAGGAGAAGCAAAAGAAGGAGUACCGCUGGGCCAACGCCAAUGUCGGCGACCGCCCGCAGAUUGAGGACGAUGGAGACGACGACGACGAUGACCUGUUUGCCGAAAAGCUCAAUAGGGAGGGCAGGAAGCUGCGCAAGAUGAUGCGCAAGCGCGGCGAGGAGGAGGGCGAGCUGUACGACUCGAGUGACGACGACGACGACGACAGUGACAGCGAUGACGAGGGGGCCGACAAGGCCAAGGACGUUCCCGGGUCCGCCGAGAAGCCCAGUCGCCACGGAUCGCGCGCCGGCUCGCGCGGUCCCGACGGCCGCAGCGGGUCGCCUUCGCGCCGUACCGGCCCUCCCACACCAGAGCGUGCGGGCUCGCUCCCCGGUGCUGGCGCUGCUCUGCUCGCCAAGCGUGCUGCUUCGCGCGCAGGCAGCCCUCGUCUCCGUGCCAGCUCGCCACUGGCUCGCGGAGCAUCCCCGGACAUGGGCCGCGGUGGCAGUCCAGCCCCGAACGGUCGCUCUGGCUCGCCAUCGCUCACUCGUGGUGGUUCUCCCGCACCCGGUGCGCGCGAAGGCACCCCCAGCGGCACGGCCGCCGCCCCGCGUCCCAAGUCUAAGUCGGCCAAGCGCAAGGCCACGUCCGAGUCGCCACUGCGCGACACUGCACCUCCCGCAAGCAUGACCUCUGCGACCAGCGUCAAGCGCAAGUCUCCCGAAGACUCGUCGUCGAAUCCCGGCACACCCCGCGUCAGCUCUCCUGCAGGCGACGUGCCCGCCGCGGCCAAGAAGAAGAAGAAGAGCCGCGCGAGCUCGGGAUCCGCCACGCCGGCCCCCUUCGAGGGCGACUCGUUCGUGGGCAUGAUCACCAGCGACGACGUGCUCUCGUGGCUCCGCCAGCAGCCAUCGACCAUCCCCAUGGGCAAGGCUAUCCAGGCGUUUGCCAAGAAGAUCCCUGCCGGCGACAACACGAAGAAGAACCAGGACCUCUUCCUGCACUGGAUCCGUACGUUUACGGACAAGGUCGAGGGCAAGGUGCUCCGUCUCAAGGCCGAGUAUGCCUAA